CCAAGAUGGCGCCCAUCGGCGACAGGGAUAGACAGGGCAGUGUCAUCGACGAAAAUACAGAAGAUGAGGAGGGACAAAAUCUUUGGGCUUCUAUUCUUAGUGAAGUUCAAUCCAGUUCCAGUUCUAAACUGCCUUCAUGCAAGUCAGUUUUAGUUUUAGGUGAUAAUGAAUGCGGUAAAACCACGCUAGUAGCCAAGCUCCAGGGCGCAGAUGACCCAAAGAAAGGUUCCGGCUUGGAAUAUAACUAUUUAGACGUCAAAGACGAAUACAGAGAUGAUCACACUCGAUUAGGCACAUGGAUCCUUGACGGUGAUCCACAUCACACAGGUCUUCUCAAAUUUGCACUGUCAGAGGAAAACUUUGAACACACGAUAGUUUUGUUAGUCGUUUCUAUGGGCCAUCCGUGGGCGAUCAUGGAUUCGUUAAAAAAAUGGAGCGCAAUAUUACGUGAUCAUAUAGACCUACUAAGGAUACCUCCGGAGCAGAUGAGGGACUUUGAACAAAGUUUGGUGACACAUUUCCAAGAAUACGUCGAACCAGAGGAGGGCAAAGAGAGUCACACACAGCCCGCGAGACGAGGGCCAAAUCCGCUACAUCCUGUUGCGAGUCAAGACGAGGAUAAAGUGCUCCUCCCACUGGGCGAGACCACGUUAACACAUAACCUUGGAAUUCCUAUAGUAGUUGUAGUUACAAAGAGUGAUGCAAUCUCCACAUUAGAAAAAGAACAUGAUUACAGAGAAGAGCAUUUUGACUUUAUACAGCAACACAUUAGGAAAUUCUGUUUAAAUUAUGGUGCAUCCCUGUUUUAUUCUUCUGUAAAAGAAGACAAGAACUGUGACUUACUAUUAAAGUACCUCCUUCAUAGAAUAUAUGGGUUUCCGUUCUCAGCCACAGCAUUAGUCGUUGAACGAGAUGCUGUGUUCAUCCCAGCUGGUUGGGAUAACGAAAAGAAAAUUAGUAUAUUAUAUGAAAAUAUGACGAGUAUGAAGCCGGACGAUUCCUACGAUGACGUCAUAGCCAAACCAGUCAUGCGAAAACCAAUCCAGAGAGAGGUUGAGGUACUGGCGGAGGAUGAGCAGGCGUUCUUAAUGAAACAGCAGAUGCAGCUCACGAAGCAGGCACCGUCUGGUAGCGGAGGACAGCGGGAGUCUCCUAUGAGGCCGUCACCAGGCGCCCAGAAGCAAUCACCACGAGCCCCAGGGGCUGCUGCUGCCAAUGCUGCAGGUCUUGCCGCAUCACCAAAGAAAGCGGGUAUGGAAGGAGCCCGAGCGGGAUCGACCAGUGAAGGCGUGCUAGCCAACUUCUUCAAUAGUCUCCUGAGUAAAAAGACCGGUGGAGCCGGUGGCCCAGAAGGCGGGCCACCAGGACCGGGUGGACCCAGUGCACCAGGACCGAGAGGAACUGCCAAGACAGUUGACGGGGAAGGGGAACCCAAUGGCGAUGCCAAUGAUAAAGCUGCAGUGACGAGAGACGCAGCUGCCGAACUAGAUCGAAUGACACGUGCCAAGAAACCAAUACCAGGCCAGAACUCGACAGGUGGUGCAUCUUGAACAGACGUAGUUACGAUAUCGACUCACUGCUUCAAGAACACACGCGCUACACAAAGGCCAUGACAUCAUAGACUGCCGGUCGUGACAGGAUAUUAAAACAAACACUGAAAUUUACUUAGUCAUUCGCUUGGAUGCUGAUCUGUUGGGGGCGUUUAUGCAACUGUCAAUGUGUGUUUUGUACACCCCCUCCUCAAGGGCAUUGCACUUACAAUAAGACCUCUUAAUCUCGUGGGAAAAUGAUGAUGGCCAGUCGUGGCAAUCAAAAACAGGUGGUAAGCCUUGCACAAGACAGGUUAAAGCGUACAACCCCAUUUCGGUGAGAGUUUGUCAGAGGUGAAAUCGUCAAUGCAACACAACACAGGUUUUGAGACUCCUACAGUCCCAAUCACAGUUGACGUCAAUCCUGCUUCGCGUCAGUGACGCGCGACGUUCGCGCCAGUGACACGCCUAUCUCUCUAAGUUUCGUGUAUGUUACACUCGACCUAUGCGCUGGGUUGUGCGUCCUUGACGCGACUUAUGGGAUGUCAUUUGUGAUACGUACUGUAAAGCCAUCAUGUCUUAUCAAAACCAUUCUAAACACUUCUUCACGAUUUCAUCAAAUGGCUUACAGAUCUCUCUGAAGCUUCGACAUUUUUGCCGCUUCUUUGUGUCAUUAGCUUCGGGAGGGGGGGGGUCAAGACACGCAUUGAUAUUUGCAUUGAUAUUAGGACAUGAAGUCUCUGUACACCUGCUUCACAAGAGUUCAUUUUGCCUUAAACUUGCUGUUAUUGUAUAAAAUAUGUGGCAGAUUUGAAAAUCCUUCGACGUCUGUUCUCAUCGAUGCUUUAGAGGGGUUUAUUGAGUCGAUGAAAAACUGUAUUGUAUUCAAAACAUACCAAGUCUAUUAACAGGGUUCCAUAUGUCGAUAGAGAAGUGUAAUGAUUCACAGGUUUUGAGAAAGGGGGUCAUAGAAGUCCAUUAAGUCCAUUUCCAUAAAAACGCGAUAUGAGGGUCUCAUUUCAAAUUUAAGUCUCCUGGGUUAUUUUUUUAUAUUUUGGAAAAAUGGUUUUAGGAUCUGAUAUUCAGGUUUCGCCACACCAUCAAUAUCAUGCACCCAAGAGAUCCAUAAAAUGGAUAUUUGUCGUCAAUACUACAUGAAUUUUCCCUAGAAAUCGGAAGUAAGGCUUUAUACAUGUAUGCCAUUGGAAUAUUCAGCUAACACCUCUGUAUAGUCCGUUCUCAUUUUCUUAACAAUGGGUGAUAUGAAUAAAGACUAGCAAAUGCUUUUACUUCAGUUUUGUACAGAAAGGCCUAGUGUAAAUGUACAUGGAGUUUUAGAUAAAAGCAUUUGCUAGUCUUUAUUCAUAUCACCCAAUCAUCCAACAUGACUUGGUUGUUUUCUCAACCUCUCCUCCAGCCAGCCCUCUGAAUGUGCACAGCUUACGUUUUCUACUUUCUUAAUAUCUUUGUUGUUUCUUUAUAGACUGUGGUGGUCUUCCAUUUCACAGGGUAGUCCCAGAAGCACAGCACUGUCAGUGUCACAUUUGAUUGUGGGAAGGGGUUCUUCAGGACGCUGGAUAGACAAAAAAUAAACAAGAUUUUCAGGAUGGACUCCCGGGUUUUACCAAAAUUAGGGAGGGGAAAAAUGCACUGUCAAUCCACGAUCAAUGUCACAUUUGAGGGAUGGGGUUUUAAAGGUCGCAGGAUAGACGAAAAGCCUUUUUUGGGGAUAGACCCAAAUUUUACCAAAAUUAGGGAGGGGCAAAAAAGUGCAUUGGGAUUUGCCAAAAUUGUUUGCCUGUCUUCGAAUUGCCAUUAUAUUUUUGAGGCGCCUCCUUGAAACGGCACCUUGGCCUGCUGUCCUGUAAACAACCACUGUCCUGUUCAUUGCCCAAACCUCCUCCUUUCAUGCUUAAGCCUGUUGUAAAAAAGAUCCUCACAAUUGAACAACCAUGAGUAUAUAUAACCAAGAAACCGGUGGAGGGGGAAUAAUAAAAACAGAAAGAUACUUCUUGAAUUUAAAUGAAUGUGAUGUACUUAACUGCCUCCUGUGCGUCAGGUCCAGGGUAAUUUCUUUGGCUUUAAAAGAUAUUGAAAUCAUUGUUGUACAGUAGAGAAUUGCCCAUGUUCUUUGCUUUUUAGUCGAUAACUUCACAUAACCUAGCCUUAGCACGAAUGAAUAGCAUUCCGCGAAGUUACUAUUUAUAGCUCACAAGGUCAUUUGAAUAAGAUAUUGAUGACGUUUUAGUCACGUGACAGUCGGACAUCGACACUUAUUUCUACGCAUUUGAGCUUAUUUCAAAGUCAAUUAUCUUUGACCCUGCAUUGUUUUUAACAUGAGUGAUACCAUAGAGUCAGAGAGAGAAAUAUUCAGAACAAUUAUGUGGUAUUUCCAACACUCGGACAUGUGCCAGAUUGAAUCUAACUGCCCGAGUUAGAAAGCCUGAAUCCAUUACGAAACCGCAUGUUUGUCCGACAUUGCCUGUAAUUCAGCGAUGGGGAAAUAGAGGGCAGCAGCUGCAGUGACGUCAUCUUCGCGGAAUGCUAUUGCACUGAAGUGCAGCUGUUUGCUUACUGCUAGUUGUAUAUUGCAUUGUAUUGUAAUUACAGAAUUUUCAUGAGUUUUGAGAAAGCUUUGGCCAUGGCAUGAAUGGGUAUUGGCGAUGACUCCACUCAUGCAGUCAAGAGAAAAGGGCUACAAACACAUCAGAUGGAAGUGCAAUAUUUUAAAAAAUUCAGGGCAAUAUUUUAAAAAAUUCAGGGCUUGAAUUUGUCAAACCACUGACCCUGCUGCCAUGGCAGUCGGCGCCCUCCAAAAUGGCCUUUGUGCCCUCUAAAUCUUUUUUCACAUUUUCCCGUAAUCAAGGCCUAAAUGGCUCUACAAUGGUCGCCCUAAUAAGUUUCGAAUUCAAGACCUGAAAAUGACGUAAGUACUUUAUUAACCCUAAUAGCACUCCAGCAUUUUACUUGUUUUUCCAUCUAUUCCUCCAGAAAAAUGGCUAAAAAUGAGCAAUUUUAACAUGAAAUUUGUGUAGUAUUUAUUACUCGUCAGUAACGGAGAACUCCAUGACUGAGCAAAAGUUUGGCUCCGAAAAUCAGCUAAGUAGAACGAUGUUUUGAUUCGGCACUUAAACGGCAGAUGUCACCCCUAUAUUGUGGGCAUCCACGGGCGUUUGAAGGAAAAAGCUGCGGCCGUCCACGGGUAUUAAGAGUGCUGCAGGGUUAAUGCAUGGUUCUUAUGAUAGAUGGCGACACUCUCUAUCCGCUCUUGUCCACACGAGACUCAAUUUUUGCAAAAUUGCACUUCUGUCCUGUGUGAUCUAGAAAACUUAACACUACUGAUGAGGCUGACAAAUCUUCUGGACAUGUCAUUCGAGUCCCCGUUUUGAAAGAAAUUGUUGCUAUGAAAUGGAUUGGGUGAGAAAAAUCUCUUCUGCUUGCAUAAUAUAUGAUGCAUCAAAAUGACCAAGAACCUGGGGUCGAAUGUAAAAAAUGCCUGCCUGAAUUUAUUUUUUUUAAGUUUUUGUUUUUUGAGAAAAUUUUGUACUCUUUUUUUUUUUUCUGGUGAUAUGAACACUAUGUGCAAUGAAGUACAUGGAAGAAGAGUCCAUUCUUCUUUGUUAUUUACAUGUAGGGUGGUCGAUCAGCCAGGAACAUGUCCGCCCUCAAUGAGGUUGUAUCUCGGCCACGGUAGUUGAUGUUUAUGCCCUUGCUACCCCUCAAUAGUCAAUGGACUCCUCCUCCUUCAUGUUGUGCAAACAGUACCCCACUGGCCAUAGUAUUAAUGAAGGGUAAUUUUCAUGGCGGUGUCAUGGACUGUUGUGAAAUGUGCGAUGGGACAUGUCAUGGCCUAGUCCUUUGAGGGGUCAGAGGUGAUAUUAAAAUAUUCAUAAAUGAAUUCUUGAUCAUGAAAACGUUGCGACUGUUGAUGUCAUUUGUAUCGAGUGCAAAAGCUGAAAUGUUUCUAGCAGAUUCUGUGCUUCAGAAAAAAAGGCGUUUUAAUGCAGUUUUGCCAAGCUUGUAUGGGCAUUUUUGCAGAUCGGGGUCAUUGCUACAUGGAGAUGUAUAAAGACAGGGGCUGGUUGCAAACGUCAAGAGGGUUGUCCUUGACAUCUGUGGCGAAGCUGAAACCUCUUUUUUGUCGUCGAAUGUUUUCGAAGAUGAUACAAGCCUUUUGUUUGCGAGCUCGUUUCCUUCAGAAUGAAUUGGUAUGGUUCUCCUUUUCGGGGGAUUGUUCUCUCGAUUAUAAGGGAGCCAUUUUUUGCAUUGUCGGGAUAAUAUUUUUCCUGAGAUAGAAUGAACUGCUCUUUUGUAAUAUAUACAUGUAUGUAGAUUACCUUGCUAAAUUCGAUAACCCAUUAAGGUUGGAUAAGACUUGACAUGGAUGGAUAACAUUUUGAGAAUUGACAAUUAUUAUCCCCCAAUAUUCGGUUGCAACAUUCUGUUCUAGAAUUGUGAGACAUUUAAAAUUCGUUCCUUGAGGAUUUUUCAUCAUUAAUGGGUUAAUUGCUGCUGUACAUGAUAUGUAUAUGUUAGGCUGCCUUGGCCUGCUUUAAUAUUAGGCUGUGUGAACAGGGCAAGCAAGGCCCUGGUCAUGAAAUGCUUUGAUUCCCGUACGACCUUCAAGCCAAUCUGGCUCGGGAAAAUGACGGUUACCGAAUCUGCGCACCAAAGACCUUUGCAGUGAACAGGGCUGUGCACUUGACCAAAGCGAUUGGCACAAGGUGGCCUCGAUGAAAUUUUCUGUACGUCUGUAUAUAAAUUAUGUCUAAAAUUAUGCAUGUAAUGUGUUCACCUGGUUCAAGCCUUCCACUUUUGAUGGCGUCUGGGCUAAUAUCAAGGUUUAUAUUGUUGCUUAGUAGGGAAAAUUACCUGGAAUUGGUCCUGGAGUUGUAAAAUGUGCUCUAAUUUGAGUUCAGAUGGCAAUAUAGUGUACUUUUAGUCAGAAGAACCUCAGACCUACCUUGCUGACUUAAAGUUCCACUCAUCUUUGUGCAAAAAGGAGUGAAGUCCUGGAGUCAUUUUGUGAAUGCCCUGAACUUACCUGUUUUCAGUGUCCAUAUGAGUUUUUGCCCGGAGAAAAUGUUUGAUGAUGCAGUCUCAAGAAUGAAAGAGUCCCAGAAAAAAUCUCGCCAUUUCUGAACAAACCUCCGCCAAAAGGAGCUCUGAUCUGUAAAAGAGGCAAAUUCAAGAUGAAGAGACAAGACCACCAUUGAUUUUUUAAGCCUUUUAGCAGUUCAGUUGUCAAUGUUUGACCGCGUCGCAUCAAAUACUGCGUGGGGUUGUGAAUCUGAAAUUUUGAUAUGAAAUUCCGGACAGUCGGGCAAGUAAAUGGUGAAAAGUAAACUGGUAGUUGACCACAGACACUUUUUGAUAAUCGACAAAUUGGACAGACAUUGGUAUUUCCACUCUUCAGCCAACUGGCAGAAAAAUCUCAAAACACGCCCCCUAUUGCCAAACUAUCAAAAUUCAAAAUUAAUUUGUUCAUCAAAUAAUUUCUUUAUAUCUGUAGACUUGCCAGAGCAAAUAUUUUUUCCAUAGCUCUCCAAAUAUGUACUUGAGAGUUAAAAACAUACUCGCGUCUAAUUGAUAGGUCUGGACCCUCCAACCUGUGAAUAUUCAUUGGUGGUAUUGUCUCUGAACAUUAAGAAACAAGGUCAGCGAAUUGCUUAUCUGUGUCGACAUCUGUAGGCCUAGAUAAUGAUAAAAAUCGUUCAGGUUUUAAAAGUUCAACCUUGAUUGAUACCUUGCUCUGUGUUGGUCCACAUUGUCCAAUGUUCUCUUGUAUUUCUUGUGCUUGAAAUAUGUGAUUUAUAGCCUGUAACGCUUCUGAUACCAAAAUUGUAAAUUUGGUGAUUUUUUAGUGGGAUGCAGUUUCAAAUUUUAUGUCAUAGAAGUAGUUAAUAUACCAACUGUGAUAUAACAACAGCUUAAUAAUAGGAUAUUGAUCAACCUCGAGCUGAUUUCACCCAAAAGGCAGGUUGAUACACACUGCGUAUAAACAAUGCACUUGGGUUGCUAAUCUACUAUAAUAUGGAAUGACUGGCAGUGCUCAUUUUCCGGUAUGUACACCGAUGAUGCUCAUGAUGAUGAUGAUGAUGAUGAUAUUGAGUUCUUAUAAACCGCUUUUCCCAAUUUCACUGCUCAAAGCGCUUUUGGGAUACCAUAUUACCCCAGUCUCCACAGAAAUCAAUCAGGGGUUUCAAGGAGCAACCAGAAUGCGCUCACUUGAACUCGACCAGUAGGGGAACCAAGCAGCGACUCGGCCGGGAGUCGAACCCACGACCUCCUGAUCAUGAGGCCGACUCUCUUCCACUGCACUACCACAACUGCUCGCCACAGAGGCAAAAAUUGUACCACCUUUAAAUACCUUUUCCUGUCAUUCUUUAGAUUUAUCAGUACCAGCUCAUUCCCAGCUACCGCACAGGCCAGUGAAAUCAGCAACAGUAUCAACUUGGUCACCGAGGCUGAUGCGCCAUCUAUGAGACUGUAGAGUAAAUAUAAUUUGUGCAGUUUACACAGAUUCUCUGACGUUUUUGAUUUCAGAUUACUUCAUACUUGCUUACUUACUUUAAAGUGCAUCAGAAGUGCGAGAAAUUGAUUGCAGAUUGGGUGCAUAUCAUUCUCGCUGGCCUGGAUGGGUGAGAUCAACUCUUUGAUAUGAAUAUCCUUACAAAAGAGGAGAUUUUGAAACUAUUGAAUGUGCUCACUUUGUCCCUGGGACUUCCAUUGACUUGAAUUCCUGAUCGAGAUCAUUUUCAUAGAAUAUGUAUGAAAUGUACGUCACUAAAUUGUUACACGUACAUGUAAGUCAGGUGACAAGACUGAAUAUUGUAUCAUCAUAGUUAAAGGGACAAUUUUGGCGUGGGAUUUAGGUGGAUAGGGUGCCAACUGCCACCCAUGUCCCGUCGCGCAUUUAGUGUCAAAUACCGUAUUAUCUCUGGUUACAGUUAACGAAUUUUGCUAGUGUUGCAGGGUGGUUUUGAACAUGGCUUUAAAAUUUCAAACAGGCCUACAGUUACAUUUUGUUCCAGUAUUAAAAGUGUUUAUUGCAGUUUGAAUAUUUCUCAAUGAUCCUGCUUGGAGAAGUCCUGCUGGAAGCCAUUUUGGCAAACAAAAACAAACAUUUGUCAUCAUGCCCAAGUUGUCCCUUUAAGACAGAAUAAUGGCAUUUGUGUAAAAUCAAAUAUUGUGGUUCUGUUCAUUUAUAGUUUGUUGUGGCUUUGCCCAAAUUCUACAAGAACUCCUUUACAUCCACCUCUUUCAUGGAGGUGGAUGUAAACACGAGGCUUCAGCUUAGGGAUACCUUUUGAAUUUAUAAAAAAUACAAGCUUUCUAUUCUAGAUUCAUGCUACAUAAGUAAGGUAAAGUGGUACAUUUAUACGCCCCGGUACAAUUACAACCCAUGCAGUGUAGAAAAUAACUGGCUGUACGCAUUGAUGCACACAUACAUGUACAUGUAGGCAGUUAUUGUACCAUCUUUCAUUGAAAUUAUCAUGUAUCAUUGUAAAGUGAGAAGUUGCGUAUUGCAACGGCAUAUUGGAAACUACAAAAACCUGUGCAAUGAAUUUGAGUACUAUUACAGUGAAAAUUACAUUAAGACAUGCGACUUAACGGUUCUAUUUCAUUGAUGAAUAUAUGGUUGGAAGUUUGUCAGUGAUGCAUGUACAUUUGCAACAUGAGAAUACAUGUAUGACCUGAAAUGUUACUCAUGAGAUUAACAACUCUACCAUAUCUUAAUAUGUAUAUAAUUGUAUUUUGUGUAACAGUAUCUAUAAAACCAUCAUUAUGUCCUUGAGUUUAUGUCCAUGUACAAGUGUAUCGUGAACUGAAAUAUGUCAGACCAUUUAAUACCACUAUAUACAGUGAGACAGUGGCUGGUGUGAAUAAAGAAUUAGUAAAUGCUUUUACUCCAAUUGUGCACAGAAAGGCCAAGUGUAAAUGCACAUGAAAUGUUCAGUAAAAGCAUUUACUAGUAUUUUAUAUCAAAUCACUGAUUUACUGUGCUUUUUUCUGUGCAAUGUCUUUCUGCCACAUUUUAUUUCUGCGUGAAUAUAUUCUUGAUUUGUUUUUCUGCAUUAAGCAUCAAUUGAUGUCAAUGUAGAAUGAGGGAUUUGUAAAAUCUGUCAGAUAUUGGUAUCUGAAAUGAUGCAUUAUUGUUGACAAAAUGUGAUAUUUGCAAGUGUUCUCACUCUGACAAAUAAAAAUAAAUGAAUAAUUUCCCUCUGGAACAAUGCUAUAAAAGCUCUGCGACACAAUUUAAGAACAUUUCGAUUGCUAGCCGGCUCAUCACCAUCAAAAUUUUCUUUGAUGUUUGUUGACAAAGUAUUUGCUAGAACUAAAGUGCCUUUGGUGUUUUGCUAAAGUACAGAAUACCUGAUAUUAAAAUUUUUUCUCUCUAUUUUAAAUACUUCGCAAGAAGAAAGUUUGACUUUUGAAAGCCACAGCUGACUGAGAGUGCAAAGAAGUUGAACCUUGACCUGAGAAUCUCUCCUCAUGCAUUCGCUGUUGUCCUCAAGCAGGAUUGGAAACUUCAGUCUCUGUAUAAAACCCAAGGGCCCAUGCUCUCUGAACGAAACGAGCAUUUAAGGUGCCUUCUCAUUUGCCAAUUAUACCUGAUCAAAAGUUCCAAGCACCGCUUGAGGGAAGAGACAAAUUGGGUUGUUUAUACCCAAGGUCUGAUGUGAUUUUUGAAACUUUACGUGUCGUUCAAAACUUCAUUAUAAAUAUGUGCUAAGUUGGUGGAUUUUCAGUCCAUUGAGUCUACAAUGUAUGUCUGGAGUUUCACUACAUGUGCAUUUCUUAUUCCUGUCUGUAUUUCCGUGAUUGAUCUCUAGGUUAUCUGCACUGUUAAACUUAACCCUUUAGAUCCUAGAACAUUUUUAUGUGCUUCCCCAUAUUUGCCUGGAGCAUUUCAGUAAUUUUCACCGAAAAGACCCCCAAAGCACCCCUGAAGAAAACAAGCCAGUCUAUGUCCAUAAUAUUUCAUCAAUGGAUCCCUAACCGGCAGAAUCUCGGCCUUAGUUUCAUUGCUUAAGUAGAGAUGGCGAUGGUGCUGCUCAAAAAUGGGUAUUGGUGGGGGACGGUGAGCAGCCGGUUAGGAAUGAAUAGACAAAAAUCUGUGGCCGGUCUAGGAUCUAAAGGGUUAAAGAUGGCAAAAUGUUCAACUCCAAUGCAUUAUGAAACCAUGCAGUUUCUUUACGACAUUGCAAAAUUUAUUCUACCAUCAAUUGAAAAUGAAGGUAUAAUGAUAUGAGAAUAUGAGAAUAUUUCACGGUGUAGAGACAAGUCAGUGGGCUUCUGUGUCAUGGAAUCCUUCAAUUUGCUCCUGUUUUAAGCUGGCGAUUUCCUUCAUGUACAUCCUCAGUGGUUUGGCAUGUGUCUCGUCAAACUAGGGCCUACCCUGCCAGAUUUCAAUAAUACUUUUCUGUGCACUUUUGCCCACAUGAUAUAUUCAGUUGACCUCAAGAUACCCCAUGAAAGCCUAGUUCAUACGCUGUGAAAGUUAUGAUUUGAAUUCAAAUUUUCAAAAUGUUUUGUAAGUGCCACAUGUAGCAAACACCUCUUUGUUAAGGACAACCUCUCUAUUAAGGACACUAGUUUUGUUCCCAAAGUGGCUGUUUCCAUUCAGUUUAACCUCUCUAAUGAGUAAUAAGGACAGCAUAUAUCAGUCCGAAAGGUGUCCUUAAUAGAGAGGUUCUACUGUAGUUCCAUUGCCUUUUGAGGAAUUGUGUGUUUCGUUGGUAUUUUGUGGAUCUAAUGUGAGUUUUCUAAAUUUGUACAUUGGUACAGAUUUUCUUGGUAUGGCACAAUCUUCAUGAAAAUCCCAGCUUAAUACAAAAAUGUAUGGUGACCAUGGUUAUUGAACAAGGAGAGGAUGUGUGUCUCAUCGGAGCAUUGUACAAAAGUAUGUGUAGAAAAUUUUCACUUGAAGAUUUUGAGAUCAUGAGAGACACAUCCCCAUCCUAACAAUGCGAUGGUCCAAUGGAUUUUGAGGUCAACUCACUUUGAUGUAGGCUUUUGUUCAUAAUGCACAAAUUCGUCUGGUGUAGAACAGACUAUUCAUUAAUACCCAAAUAUAGCUUUGGUUUUCUUCAUGAUUUGUAGGGGUACAAAUAUUUGCUGGAAUGUAGAUACAUGUAGAUGUUAUUUAUUAAUAAUCAGAAAGCAAUGUGCAUGUCUAUACCAAGUUUUUUGCCAAUGUAGCACAUUUUUCGUGAGAACAGGGACUUUAGUAUGUUUGCUACAAACUCUGAUGUAGGAAUGGGAAAGGAAUUGGACUAUGGUACAUUUUACUGCAAAUAAAACCCUGUUGAAACAAA